UUCAUCUAUAUGCUUACCUUGAGUUCUUGACAGCAUCUAAAUUAAUCCAUUUAGAAGAAAAAGGUCAAAAUGAAUUAUUCAAAUUCAAUUUGGUCUAUUUGAAAAUGGGCAAACUUUCCUAUUCAAGCUGGAGGAUGGAUAGUAUUAAAUAUUCUAUUAAUGAGAGAAUGUGGUAGAUACAAAUUAGUUCUAGUCCUCAUAUGAAUUCAGUAUACCUACUCUCAGUAUAUUCGUUUAGAGUAGCCUAUAUCUACCUACUUUCUUAUAUAAAUCCCGAAUUUAUUGUAGAACUUCCAGUCAUGGAUAGCCCGCAUUAGUGGGAUAGUUUGUCCAUCCUUAUUCACUGCACUUUCACACUCAACUUUAGUGUUCUCACUUUUUUGUUCUCAAAUAGAACGACUAGCAGUCAAAUUUUUGUGUUAUCAUCUUGAAAAAAUAUAAUUACCGUAUUCGUUCUCUCUGGGAAUUUUUUUGUAGUCUCAAUAAUAUUCUUCUUAGAAUAUCAUUUUUUCCCUACACUCUGUUUUUAUGGGAUCAAAAUGUACUUUCAGAAUGAGUUGAGACUUGUGAUUGCAAUCAGCACAUUCCUUUAUUAUACUCAACAAGUUUGCAGUUUAACAUGUGUGGAGAUAAAUGAUGCAGGAAAAGGCGCGAAAUUCUCACCAGACGACUUGCAGACACUUUCGCGUCUUUCACCUUCAGAGAUAGAACCAUGUCUGGUUCUUCUUGGCAUAGAAAUUCUAGAUUAUAAUCAAGCAUCAUCGGCAUGGAGAGCUCUUACAAAAGUAUAUGGUUCUGCUAGUGACAUACCAGAAGAAAAGCUGAGGCUAUUAGGAUGGGUGAUAUCUGGAAUACCACCUGUCGACUUCCAAAAUAUAUCGCUGACUGAUGUUGAUACCAUUGCAGCGUUUGGGCAGUUCAGGAAUUUAUCAGCCCAACAAUUGGCUGCACUUCGUGACAACAUAUUCAGCUUCUGGAGCACGAAGAGUGAAGAAGAUUUGACCAGCUUCGAUUUGAUGAAUUUGCGCCAAGUUGUCUGUGCACUGAAUGCUUCAGCCAUAAGCAACAUACAUCCUCAAUCAUAUCGAGAUGCAGCGCAUGAAUUAGCCACUGUGAGAAAUUGUCCGCAGGAUAUAAUUACAGCUCUCGCUAAUCUGGCCGUUAAUGAAGCUGCUUUUGGUAAUCCGAUGACAUGGAACAGCAAUAAAGUGUCAGCAGUGGGGUGUGUGAUUGCUGGUUUACCAGAUGUAAAAAUGAUACCCGCAGAAGCAAUGCAAGGUAUCACGCCGGAUAUUGUUUAUUGUUUACCACAGAAAACUACUCAGGAAAUGACUCCAGAUCAGCUGGAGGAAUUCUCAGCAGAGUCUGCAAAAGCAAUGUCAUCUUCAAGCGCUCCCCGAGCUGAAAGAUUGACUCAGACACAUGACAUUUUCAAGCAAUUCCCAGGAAAAUCUCAGAACAAUACAAAUAAUAGUUCAGCCAGUAGCUUCUUCAAUAGCAGAGUGCACAACACUCUCAUGUUUGCUGCAUCUCAUUUGAUCUUCAAAAUCAAUACUAACUAGAAUUGAUUCAUGGUCCAAUCGUUGAAUAACUUUAUUUGGUAUUGUGCACAGUAUUAAAAGAAAUAAUUGAAAAUAUACCUUAAUUCCAAUCAGCCCAUAAUUCAAUACAACACUUUCUCAACUGAUUAUUGUAAAUUAUUAUUCUAUUGUUAUCUUGACACUAUAUCUAUAUUGUAUAAAUUCAAUGAUAAAUAAAAUAAAUAAAGAUUCAUCCA